AUGGGUACCCUGCUCAUUUCCAAGAUCAGGGAGGAAUACCCGGAUCGGAUGAUGCUGACGUUCUCCGUCUUCCCAUCCCCCAAGGUGUCGGACACGGUGGACAUUUUUACAUUUGUAGCAAGUCUAAUGCAUUGUUGCCUGAUGAGGGUGGUGCUGAAUUUUGGUGAUCUGAAUCACUUGAUCAGUGCCACCAUGAGUGGUGUCACCUGCUGCCUUCGUUUCCCAGGGCAGCUGAACUCUGACCUCCGCAAGCUUGCUGUCAACCUGAUUCCCUUCCCACGCCUGCACUUCUUCAUGGUUGGCUUUGCGCCACUCACCUCACGUGGCUCCCAGCAGUACCGCUCCCUCACGGUCCCUGAGCUGACCCAGCAGAUGUGGGAGUCCAAGAACAUGAUGUGUGCUGCGGAUCCGCGCCAUGGCCGCUACCUGACGGCCUCUGCCAUGUUCCGGGGCAAGAUGAGCACCAAGGAGGUGGACGAGCAGAUGCUCAACGUGCAGAACAAGGGCUCGUCUUACUUUGUGGAGUGGAUUCCAAACAACGUGAAAUCCAGUGUUUGUGACAUCCCCCCGCGUGGCCUCUCCAUGUCGUCCACCUUCGUGGGCAACUCCACCUCCAUCCAAGAGAUGUUCCGGCGUGUGAGCCAGCAGUUCACGGCCAUGUUCAGGAGGAAGGCCUUCUUGCAUUGGUACACAUGUGAGGGCAUGGAUGAGAUGGAGUUCACUGAGGCGGAGAGCAACAUGAACGACCUUGUCUCCGAGUACCAGCAGUACCAGGACGCUACAGCUGACAAGGAGGACGACUUUGAGGACGAGGGCGCGGCGGCAGAGUGA